UUUAUUACACGUGGUUUAUGUGCAAUAUAUUUUGCACGUGUAUUUCGUACUACAAUUGGUGGAGUUUCUGGACUGGAGUUCAGCAGUAAACACUGAGAAGAAUUUCGCAGGAAUCAAAAUGGUUUUAACUCGAAGUCGUCAGAGCAAAGACACCAAGUCUGUUGAUGACAAACCUCAGGAAGCCAGCAAGAAGGUUGAAGAUUUGGUGGCACAAAAUACCAGCCUCAAAACGAGAAGAGCAAAACCAAAACAGACAUCAGCAGCAGCAUCCACGACCACAGCAGCAAAAGAAGAGGUAGUUAAACAACAACAACCAGUUUCCACAGUUCAAGUUCCUAAACCAGACCCAGUGAAGGAUGCAGUUGUCAUAGAAACGACAGGGGAUGAGACACCAAAGAAGAAGAAAAAGAGGAACAGAAAACGAAAGAGUGCUGAAAAAAAGCAAACUGAAGAAAUCUCAAAAGAUGCACCAUCUUCAUCUGUAACAAAUUCAACUACAAAAGGAGAAGCAUCAUCAUCAUCUUCAUCUUCUGGAAAACAAAAAUCUAACAAUAAUGCCAGCUCAACAAAAGAAACGGUGAUUCCUACAAAAUCAGCGAAGAAAGCUAAAAUAGUGAAGGAAGACGAAAGAACUGCUGUCGUCAGUGUCGAUGAAGAACUGCAAAAGGAGAACGUGAGUGCGAGUUCGACUUUGGAUUUGGAGAACGAGCAGCCUUUGAUUGAGAAGAUGGAGGUAAUCAGCGCCAAGGAGAUAAUGAAGUUAUACAAGAAGGAGUCGUUCAUUGGGGAGGUGACCAAACACAAAGGCGUUUCAAAAUCUGGACGGAAGUGGAAGACGGAGCAGACGUCUCGAUCUAAUGGCAUGAAGCAAGACAAACCCAUGAAGACUUCCUGGAAGAAGAAGAUGAGUCAGAAAGCGGAGACGAAGAGCAUGAAGUUAUUUGAGGCAGAGCUCAAGGAUGCAAAAACCAAGGAAAACGAGAGAAAGAAACAACACAGAGCAAAAAAGUUGAAGCUGAAGUUGGAGAAUGAGCGCAAGUCGGAGGUGGUGCAAGUGAUCAAGAAUACAUCCAAAAUAAAGCGUAUGAAGAAGAAACAACUGAGAACGGUGGAAAUGAGAAAGAUUCCGAACUUCAAUACAGCGCAGAUCUUUGCCUAGUCUACCGUCACACACUGUGAGACUCCUUUUUAGCUCUUUUGGUGUCUGUUUUAUUUUAUUUUAAAAAAAAAUUAUUUGGAGGGGGCGCUUUAAACCUAAAAUGCCCCCUGAGCUUUUAUGAAAAAAGUAUUUCUCACAAAAUGUAUUAUGCUGAAAAUGCCCUGUAGCGAUAACAUGCAUAAACAAAUGGCGCUUUUUGGAAUACAUAAAACAGAUUGUACAUAGCAAACUUGGCACUGACAGAGGUGGGCCCUGAUGUUGGGUUAUGGACAUAUUUGUACACAGAACAUAUGCCUACAUUUGUACCUGAUGGAAAAACCAGUCUAACUUAAUAACCGAUUUGUUAAAAAUUAAAUCUAAAUUGAUUUAUGAGUAGGUGACAAUUUAUUUCAAGAAACUGUACCAUUUAAAUUUAAUAUGGCUAUUCGGUGAUUUAUAACUUUAUUGUGACAAGAACGAAGGGCAAACAAUAUGUACAUAAGUAUAUUUGAAGCUUUGCAUGGUGUGGAGAAGUAGGAAGAAACUAGAAAUGAAUAGUAAACUUGCAGGUACAACCAAGUGUAAAUCUCUUAUUUUCUCCUAAAGAUGAGCAGAGUAUACUGUUCAAAUAUCGAGACCAAACCGGCUCUUUUCGGAGCCAACACUCCCUCAAAAAAGAUUUACACAUGGUUGUACCUACAAGUUUACUCUUUAUAACACAUACAUAGGUAUUUCAACACUAAUACAAACAGUUACAUGUCCAUGUACAUACUAUACAAUCCCAAUGUCAAGCGACCUCUGUAUUAAAAUAAUUAAAUACCAAUAUCCUAUGUCGUGUAUUAGCAAAAUAAACACAAUACAAUAGCAACAAAUA